AUGACAUUCUCAAGAAAAAGGUUACUCAGAUCAAUGCUAAAUACGUCCAAGCAAAUAUUUUUGAAACCAAAAAUUUUCAUGUUAUGGAUGGUAUUCUUCACAUCAAUAUAUUGGACUUAUUCAUAUUAUUCUUUGGCUGCAUUUGAAGUGCCUCUUAGUGAACCACGUUCACUCAUCUUAGACCACAAUACAUCUGGAUAUUUAAUUAAUACACCAGGAUGUCGAAUUCCAGAAAUGUAUUUGAAUGGACCUAAAAUAGAUAAAUAUCUUGAUCCUGACGUAGAACUAAAUUGCAAAACGAAAUGGAAUCUUACUUUGCCAUAUUUAAUAACCUCAGAUUUAACAUCUCUAAUGUUAAAUAAGACCGCAUGGGCUACUUUAAAUAUCAGUGAGGAUGAUACAAGUUUCGUAUGUUAUUACAUACCAGUAGAAAGGUCAGCAAUUGACAACGACCAAGAUCCUAACACAUUUAAUGAUAAUGGUGUAAAACUUGGCGAAAAAGUAUAUUUUGUACACAAUACGACAGUUACAAACGAAAUGGUUGAAGUAGUAUGCACAUUAAAUUCAAGUAUAGUUUACAAAUAUUAUCAUAUAUUCAUACGACCAACUUCGUCAGUAAGGAACCGAAAAGACGGAGACGUAAGUGUAUUAGUUUUGGGUUUGGACGCGGUAUCUCGUAUGAACUUUCAUCGUCAAAUGCCAAAAACUAGUGCGUUCUUAUCUGAAAUUGGCACUAUUGAAAUGAUAGGUUAUAAUAAAGUUGAGGAUAACACUUUUCCAAAUGUAGUUCCCACACUAACUGGAAUGUCAAUAGACGAGUUGAAAAUAAAUUGUUGGCCUGAAAACGAUGAUUUUUUUGAUAAGUGUCAUUUUGUUUGGGAUGAUUAUAAAAAUGCUAAUUUUAGCACAAUUUUCGCAGAAGAUAGUACUAUCAUUGGAACUUUUAAUUAUUUGAAAUCUGGAUUUUGUAAACAACCCACUGACCAUUAUUUAAGACCGAUUUUGAAUCAUGCUGAAAAAAGCAUAGGCCACACAUUGAUACUAAACACUUUAGGUUGUUAUGGUACUCGGUUGGCAAUGACCAUGAUGCUUGAUUAUGCCUAUAAAAUUGCUUUAUCAAUGGCUAAUCACUUAUAUAUGAGUGUAUUUUGGACGACGAGUCUAACUCACGAUUACGUAGAGUAUCCGAAACUGGGCGACGAUGAUUUAAGGGACUUUUUUGAUGCGUUUAACAAGUCUGGUGAGCUCAAUAAAACCAUUGUUAUACUAAUGAGUGAUCACGGAAUCAGAUGGGGACGAUUUAGGGACACGUAUCAGGGUAGUUUGGAAGAUAAACUACCCAUUUUGAAUUUCAUCAUACCACAAUGGUUUCAAAAUAUGUAUCCCAGCGCAAUGAAGAAUUUGAAUAAAAACACGAUUCGUCUAACAACACCUUAUGAUUUACACGAGACACUAUUAGAGUUCAUCGACAUGAACCAGCUCGAUGACAAUUCAAUUGCGAGACGAACAAAAAUGAACGAGUAUAAAAGAGGAACAAGUUUGUUUCUUGAAAUUCCAGAAAAUAAAAAUUGCAAAGCAGCUGGAAUACCAAAAAACUAUUGCGCGUGCCAAGAGGAAAGGCAGGACUUAGCUGUAGAUGACCCAAUCGUCGUUAAAGCGGCCAAUGCCUUAAUGGAAUAUGUAAAUUUCAAGUUGUCGGCUUAUAAUACACUUUGCGCAAAUCUAACGCUGCAAGAGAUCUAUAAAGCUUCAGUUGAAAUGAGAAAAGAUAAUAAUUCGGUGAAAGAUUACAUAAUACAAGUAAUUACGGUUCCUGGUUCUGCGAAAUUCGAAGCAACGUUAAGGCAUCAUGACGAUAAUUUUGAAAUGAUGGGUACAGUUAGUAGAUUAAAUUUAUAUGGCAAUCAGAGUAUUUGUAUGCAUGACGCUAAAAUGAAAUUAUUGUGUUAUUGUAUACAUAAAAAUUAA